AUUUUGCAGUGCAUCACUCCAAAUCCAGGUGGCAUUGCGGCAAACGUAUAUCAACUUCUUUUUGGAAUUUGGAUUGGGUCAGGAAUCCUGUUCAGGAAUCAGGAUGUCUGCAACGGAAGGAGAAAAACUUUCUAAAAGGUUAUACUGCUGUCAAUAUUUCAAAAUGUGACGAGUUAGGAAAACGGUGUCUGGUAUCUUUGCCAUGCUGAAUAUGAUAUCUAUAAUAUGUAGAGGCCAAAUUGGUCUGCAGUCAUUUCAGAAGUCUGACUUGCUACGUCCGAUCUCCACAACUUAUAAAUGCUGGAGCAAAGGUGAAUUGAAACGUCGGCUGAAAGCUGAACAAAAACAGAAAGAGAAGGCUCAAAAGGAAAAAGAGAAAGAACAGAAUCAACCAGCAUCUAAUGCGGCUGCUGCAGCCAAGCCCAAGUCAGCUAUCGAUGAAGCGGAUAUCAGUCCUAAUGAAUUCUUUAGGCUGAGAAGUCUGGCUGUGGAGCGGUUGAAGGAAACCGACGCUCAUCCUUAUCCACAUAAGUUCGUAGUGACGACAUCCCUGGAGGAGUUCAUUGAAACCUACAAUCAUUUGCAAGAUGGCGCAAUUGUUGAAGAUAAGGAAGUCAGCGUCGCAGGAAGGGUUCAUGCUAUUCGUGAAUCUGGAGCCAAGUUGAUUUUCUACGACUUACGAGGGGAAGGAGUCAAGAUACAAGUGAUGGCCAAUGCUAAACUGUACAGCUCCGAGGCUGAGUUCAAUACUGACACUGAAAAGCUUCGAAGAGGCGACAUUAUAGGAUGUGUUGGUCAUCCAGGAAAAACUAAAAAGGGCGAAUUAUCAGUAAUACCGAAGAAAAUCACUCUCCUCUCGCCUUGUUUGCACAUGCUUCCUCAUUUGCACUUCGGAUUGAAGGACAAGGAAACUAGGUAUCGUCAGAGGUAUUUGGAUCUGAUUCUGAACGAGAAAGUGAGGCAGAAGUUCCUGGUGAGAGCGAAAAUAAUAGCCUACGUUCGAAAGUAUCUGGACUCGAUGGGCUUUUUGGAAGUGGAAACGCCUAUGAUGAACAUGAUCGCCGGUGGGGCCACCGCCAAGCCUUUCGUCACCCACCACAACGACCUCAACAUGGAUCUCUUUAUGAGAAUUGCUCCUGAGUUGUAUCACAAGAUUCUGGUUGUCGGUGGAAUUGAUCGAGUCUAUGAGAUAGGCCGACAGUUCAGGAACGAGGGAAUCGAUUUAACUCAUAAUCCUGAGUUCACGACGUGCGAGUUCUACAUGGCCUAUGCCGAUUACAAUGAUCUUAUGGGUAUCACUGAGUCCAUGCUUUCUGGUAUGGUCAAGAGUAUUUUUGGAUCAUAUAAGGUUACUUAUCACCCGGAUGGAGAGGAAGGCGAAGCGGUCGAAAUCGAUUUCACACCACCUUUCCAAAGAAUAAAAAUGAUACCCUACUUGGAGCAAGCUCUUGGCGUGGCGUUCCCUCCGCCUGAGCAACUUCUCACACCAGAAUCCAACGAGUUUCUGAGUCAGCUGUGCAUCAAACAUGAAGUGGAAUGUCCAGCGCCUAGAACCUCAGCUAGAUUGUUAGACAAGUUGGUUGGUGACUUCAUAGAAGAAAAAUGUAUCAAUCCUACUUUCAUCUGCGAUCACCCGCAAGUGAUGAGUCCAUUGGCCAAAUGGCAUCGGUCUUUCAAAGGAUUGACCGAGCGUUUUGAGCUUUUCGUCAUGAAGAAAGAAGUGUGCAACGCCUACACCGAAUUGAAUGAUCCUGUCGUGCAGAGGGAACGCUUUGAACAGCAAGCAAAGGAUAAGGCAGCCGGUGACGAUGAAGCACAACUGGUUGAUGAAAACUUCUGCACAGCUCUUGAAUACGGUCUUCCACCGACGGCUGGAUGGGGCCUGGGCGUUGAUAGGCUAACUAUGUUCCUAACUGAUUCAAAUAACAUCAAGGAAGUGCUAUUCUUCCCAGCUAUGAAACCAGAAGAUAAUAAACCAAAAAGUGAAGAAGUUGCAGAAAGUGAUCAGAAAGGAUCUUCUUAGUUUUCUGUUCAAGUAUUCAUCUAUUUAUUGUAAGUGGAUUGAGAAUAAGAAUGGAUUUCUGUAAUAUCCAAAGAAUGGAUAUACUUUUAAUUCAUUUUUGGUGAAUAAAAAUUGUUGAAUCGGCA